AUUAUUUGAUGCAACUAGAAAUGUUGGUAAAAACUAAACAGUCUAAAUUUUGACGAGCAGUUGCAAGUUGAGGUCUUGACAUGUAGUUACAUGAGGAUUGACAGACACAAAAGUGAGAAGAACAACAAGAGUUACGAGGGCGAAAGGAUAUGUCACGCAAUCAUAGCCACCCAAUUCCAUCCUGAAUGAUUUUUUAUGUUGCCCUGAAAAUGGAAUUGAUUAAUAGACAUGAAGGGUGAAACAGAAGGAACUGGAAUCUAGGAGGCAUAAGUUGGGUACAUAAACACAAAGACAACAAGAGUAUCUUCAAAUAUCCAUUUCUCUUUCUAAAAAUUUUGAUUCAUGGAUCAACGAUUGUCGGAAGCUGCAAGAUUGGGAGAUGUGGCAGCAUUGGACAACUUGUUAAAACAAGAUCCUUUAAUUCUCCAGAAAGUGUCUUUAUCUUCUUCAGUAGAAAAUCCACUUCAUAUUGCUUCACUUGCAGGAAAAGUCGAUUUCGCUAAGCAGAUCAUUGCGCUGAUGCCUUCAUUUGCCAUGGAGAUAAACAAUGAUGGAUACACCCCGCUUCACAUUGCUGCAGCCGCUGGUCAUCUGGAGGUAGUUAGUGAGCUUUUAACUGCAAUUGGUCCAGACCUGUGUCUGUUGAAGGACAAAGGGGGCAGAACUCCACUCCAUCUGGCGGCUGUCAGAGGGAGGGUUCUUGUCAUUGAGAAAUUACUCUCUGUGUGCCCUAAGGCUAUUGAAGAAAAGACCCCUCUUGGGGAAACUGCUUUACUUCUGGCUGUGAAGAAUUGUCAGUUUGAAGCUUUCAAAAUCCUGUUUGAAGCUUCAAAAAGGGUUGAGAACCAUGAGGAACUCAUCAAUGCCAAAGAUGUUCAAGGAAAUUCAAUCUCAGAAACCGCAAUUGCCACAAAACAACUUCAGGUUAUAGACUUCCUAAAACAGAGAGAUCAAUGGACCCAUCAACAGAUGAUCACUGUGCUGGAAGAUCCGGCCGGAGAUAACAAGUCUGAGAAUGAUGAUACACCAGAACCCAAAAAGUUCGAUCCCUGUUUUCUGUUUAAGGCGACGUGGGGUUACUUAUACGGUAAAGACAUAAUUCCGGUGGUCGCCAGUUUGAUAGCCGGAGCUACUUACACGGUAGGAAUAAAUCCUCCCUCUACAAUUUGGAAAGAAGGAAUGAAUCUCGACACUGAAUGCAUUACCCACUUCGGAAAUCACAUAAACAAUAAGGAUCCCUUUGAGUUAAAGUCAUGUGAUGCUCUCCGAUUCUAUGUUUUCAUGGUCUGCAACACGAUUGCUUUUGUUGCCUCCAUCCUGCUCCUCCCAUUUCACCAAUACGCGGUGGUUGCGCCGCUUCUGAUCAUCACUUCUCUGUCCUGCAUGCUCUGGACUUACAUUACUUCGGCGGCAAUCAUAUCUCCCAGCCCUGCCUUCAUUUAUUUUGUCUAUACUGUGAUGUGCAUCAGUUUUGUGGUUCUAUUUGGGCUGCCCGCGCUCACUGUGGUUCUACAUAUCAAACCAGCUUUUGGGAAGAUUCAGACCAGAUUCCGUCCUGGUUCUACCUCAUCGUCAGUCCUUAAGAGCUAGGAUUGGGAUCGCUCUGCUUUGAGCAGGAGUUAAUAAGGGUGGUGUGGAUUGAUGUUUAUGUGUCCUUCAAUAUGCUUAAUGCUGUCAGCAAAGUUAGGUGAUGCUCUAAUAAUGUUUCAAUUUAACCUUUUUAAAUACAUCUACCCAUGCUAUGGGAUACCCUUCUAGUUUUUUUUAAGCACUUAGGACAAACCCAUUUGUAUGCAAUUUAACAUUAAUUUAUUU